UAGGAGCGGAAGUACACACCGCCAGGGGUUUGUGGGAACCGCGGUUCCGGGAUGGUGGGCGGCGGCGGUGGCAGUGGAGGGCUCCUAGAGAACGCCAACCCCCUCAUCUAUGAACGCUCUGGGGAGCGGCCAGUGACAGCGGGCGAGGAAGAUGAGCAGGUGCCCGACAGCAUCGACGCCCGCGAGAUCUUCGAUCUUAUUCGCUCCAUUAAUGACCCCGAGCAUCCACUGACGCUGGAGGAAUUGAACGUAGUAGAGCAAGUUCGGAUUCAGGUUAGCGACCCCGAGAGCACAGUAGCAGUGGCCUUCACACCCACCAUCCCACACUGCAGCAUGGCCACGCUUAUUGGCCUGUCUAUCAAAGUGAAGCUUCUGCGAUCCCUUCCCCAGCGUUUCAAGAUGGAUGUGCACAUCACACCUGGGACCCACGCCUCGGAGCAUGCAGUAAACAAACAGCUUGCAGAUAAGGAGCGAGUGGCAGCGGCCCUGGAGAAUACCCACCUGCUAGAGGUUGUCAAUCAGUGUCUCUCAUCCCGAUCCUGAGCCUCUGACCUCUGCCUGCACACAGGCAUCCUGGCCUCAGCUCCACCAAGGCCUUGUGGCUUCGCUUUCUUCAAUCACUGACAAUGAGAAACUAACAUUUUUUUUUUAUUUUGUAAUAAACCCUUAAUUUAUAUUCAUUUCC